AUGAUGUCCAUCCUCUCUGCUCUUCUCUGCCUCGGGCUGAGUCUGGGCCAGAGGAUCCACACGCAGACAGGGACCCUCCCCAAACCCACCCUCUGGGCUGAACCAGGCCCUGUGAUCCCUUAUGGGAGCCCUGUGACCCUCUGGUGUGAGGGGACCCUGGAGGCCCAGAAGUUUGAUCUGUAUAAGGAAGGAAAACAUGUGCUUUGGAACACACAGACUGAAAGGAAGUCCACAAUCAAGGGCAAGUUCUCCAUCACACACAUCAUAGAGCACGAUGCAGGGAGAUACUCCUGUUAUUAUAACAGCUCCACUGGCUGGUCAGAGCCCAGUGACCCCCUGGAGCUGCGGGCGACAGGAUCCUACAGCAAACCCAGCCUCUCAGCCCAGCCCAGCCCUGUCGUGCCCUCAGGAGGGAACGUCACGCUCCAGUGUGGCUCAAGGGAGGUGUUUGACAGGUUCAUUCUGACUAAGGAAGGAAAAGACAGGCUCUCCUGGACCCUGGACUCACAGCCACAGCCCAGUGGGCAGUCCCAGGCCCUGUUCCCUGUGGGUCCCGUGAGUCCCAUUCACAGGUGGAGGUUCAGAUGCUACGGCUGUUACAGGAACAGCCCCCAGGUGUGGUCAUACCCCAGUGAUGCCCUGGAGCUCCUGAUCCCAGGUGAGUCUGGGAAGCCCUCCCUCUUGAGCCAGCAGGGACCCAUCAUAUGCUACGGUGGAUACAACCUCUCCUCUGAGUGGUCGGCCCCCAGUGACCCCCUGGACAUCCUGGUGGCAGGACACCUGCCUGACAGACCCUCCCUCUCGGUGCAGCCAGGCCCCAGGGUGGCCUCAGGAGAGAAUGUGACCUUGAGGUGUCAGUCACAGAGCCCGAGGGACACGUUCCUUCUGUCCAAGGAGGGGGCAUCCGAUCCCCCCCUGCUUCUGAGAUCAGAGCACCGAGCUCAGCAGUUCCAGGUGGAGUUCUCCAUGAGUCCUGUGACCUCAGCCCACGGGGGCAACUACAGGUGCUACAGCUCACAUAGCUCCUCCCCCUUCCUGCUGUCACUCCCCAGUGAGCCCCUGGAGCUCCUGGUCUCAGUUUCCCAUCCCCAAGACUACACAGUGGAGAAUCUCAUCCGGAUGGGCGUGGCUGGCUUGAUCCUGGUGGUGCUCGGGGUGCUGCUAUUUGAGGCUCGAAACAACCCCAUAAGGACCCUCGAUGCAGCCAACAUGUAA